AUGAGCCUGUAUACUAAGUUAGAAGAUAAACUCAUCACAACUGAAACUCAGUUGGAGAUUGAGCGAGUAGAAGCCGUAGUAACGGAAAUAACAAAAGCAGAGGAAGAGACAGUAGUAGUGGACGAUGUGGCUAAAGUUACAUCAGUCAGUGAAAUCGAUGAGGUUGAACCAGUCGAUGAGGAAAUCACAAAGGCAGAGGUUACAACUGUCUUGGAAGAGAAACCGCUUUUACCAGUCGUCAGUGAUCAUACAGAAACCGUAGUUGAAGACGUUUCAAAAACAUCCGAUGUGAGCACGUUAGAAGAGAAACUCAUCGUAUCAGAAACACCGGAGAUAGAGCGCGUUGAACCCGUAGUUACGGAAAUAACAAAAGCGGAGGAUGAGGUAUUAUUAGAGGAUGAUCUGGCUAAAGUGACAUCGGUUAGUGAAACCGAUCGGGUGGAACCAGUGGAUAAGGAAAUUGCUAAGGCAGAGGAUGGAAGUGUAUCUCGAGAGAAAACGGGUUUGCCAGAAUCCCCUGCAGAAAUAAAACAUGUAGAACUUGAGAUUGAGAAAAUUACAGACACUGAUGGCGAGACUGUGUUGGAAGAGGAACCCUCCGAUGAUAAAGUUUCUGAUCAGGUAGAAACUGUAGCCGAGGACGUUUCAAAAAUAGCCGAAGUUAUUAAGUUAGAAGAGAAAAUCAUCACAAAAGACACAACGGAGAUUGAGCGUGUUACACCGGUAGUUCCAGAAAUAACAAAGACGGAGGGAGAGACUGUAUCAGACGAUGAUGUGGCUGCAGUAAAAACAGUUACUGACAUCGCUGAUGUAGAACCUAUCGAUGAGGAAAUUACAAAGGCUGAAGUAGAUAUUAUUUUGGAAGGGAAACCGGUCAUUGCAGAAACUCCAUUAGAAAUAACGCAUAUUGUAACUGAAGUUAAAGAAAUUACAGUGACUCACGAUGAGCCUGUGUUGGAAAAAGAACCCUCUGAAACUAAACCUGCUUCUGAAAUUACUCAUGCACAAUUGGUGACUGAAAAAAUAAUAAAGACGGCCGAAGAUACUAAGUUAGAAGAUAAACUCAUCACAACUGAAACUCAGUUGGAGAUUGAGCGAGUAGAAGCCGUAGUAACGGAAAUAACAAAAGCAGAGGAAGAGACAGUAGUAGUGGACGAUGUGGCUAAAGUUACAUCAGUCAGUGAAAUCGAUGAGGUUGAACCAGUCGAUGAGGAAAUCACAAAGGCAGAGGUUACAACUGUCUUGGAAGAGAAACCGCUUUUACCAGUCGUCAGUGAUCAUACAGAAACCGUAGUUGAACACGUUACAAAAACAUCCGAAGUGAGCACGUUAGAAGAGAAACUCAUCGUAUCAGAAACACCGGAGAUAGAGCGCGUUGAACCCGUAGUUACGGAAAUAACAAAAGCGGAGGAUGAGGUAUUAUUAGAGGAUGAUCUGGCUAAAGUGACAUCGGUUAGUGAAACCGAUCGGGUAGAACCAGUGGAUAAGGAAAUUGCUAAGGCAGAGGAUGGAAGUGUAUCUCAAGAGAAAACGGGUUUGCCAGAAUCCCCUGCAGAAAUAAAACAUGUAGAUCUUGAGAUUGAGAAAAUUACAGACACUGAUGUCGAGGCUGUGUUGGAAGAGGAACCCUCCGAUGAUAAAGUUUCUGAUCAGGUAAGAAAAACUGUAGCCGAGGACGUUUCAAAAAUAGCCGAAGUUAUUAAGUUAGAAGAGAAAAUCAUCACAAAAGACACAACGGAGAUUGAGCGUGUUACACCGGCUGUGUUGGAAGAGGAACCCUCCGAUGAUAAAGUUUCUGAUCAGGUAGAAACUGUAGCCGAGGACGUUUCAAAAAUAGCCGAAGUUAUUAAGUUAGAAGAGAAAAUCAUCACAAAAGACACAACGGAGAUUGAGCGUGUUACACCGGCUGUGUUGGAAGAGGAACCCUCCGAUGAUAAAGUUUCUGAUCAGGUAGAAACUGUAGCCGAGGACGUUUCAAAAAUAGCCGAAGUUAUUAAGUUAGAAGAAGAGAAAAUCAUCACAAAAGACACAACGGAGAUUGAGCGUGUUACAACCGGUAGUUUCAGAAAUAACAAAGACGGAGGAGAGACUGUAUCAGACGAUGAGUGUGGCUGCAAGGAUGAUCUGGCUAAAGUGACAUCGGUUAGUGAAACCGAUCGGGUACUAGAACCAGUGGAUAAGGAAAUUGCUAAGGCAGAGGAUGGAAGUGUAUCUCAAGAGAAAACGGGUUUGCCAGAAUCCCCUGCAGAAAUAAAACAUGUAGAUCUUGAGAUUGAGAAAAUUACAGACACUGAUGUCGAGGCUGUGUUGGAAGAGGAACCCUCCGAUGAUAAAGUUUCUGAUCAGGUAGAAACUGUAGCCGAGGACGUUUCAAAAAUAGCCGAAGUUAUUAAGUUAGAAGAGAAAAUCAUCACAAAAGACACAACGGAGAUUGAGCGUGUUACACCGGUAGUUUCAGAAAUAACAAAGACGGAGGGAGAGACUGUAUCAGACGAUGAUGUGGCUGCAGUAAAAACAGUUACUGACAUCGCUGAUGUAGAACCUAUCGAUGAGGAAAUUACAAAGGCUGAAGUAGAUAUUAUUUUGGAAGGGAAACCGGUCAUUGCAGAAACUCCAUUAGAAAUAACGCAUAUUGUAACUGAAGUUAAAGAAAUUACAGUGACUCACGAUGAGCCUGUGUUGGAAAAAGAACCCUCUGAAACUAAACCUGCUUCUGAAAUUACUCAUGCACAAUUGGUGACUGAAAAAAUAAUAAAGACGGCCGAAGAUACUAAGUUAGAAGAUAAACUCAUCACAACUGAAACUCAGUUGGAGAUUGAGCGAGUAGAAGCCGUAGUAACGGAAAUAACAAAAGCAGAGGAAGAGACAGUAGUAGUGGACGAUGUGGCUAAAGUUACAUCAGUCAGUGAAAUCGAUGAGGUUGAACCAGUCGAUGAGGAAAUCACAAAGGCAGAGGUUACAACUGUCUUGGAAGAGAAACCGCUUUUACCAGUCGUCAGUGAUCAUACAGAAACCGUAGUUGAACACGUUACAAAAACAUCCGAAGUGAGCACGUUAGAAGAGAAACUCAUCGUAUCAGAAACACCGGAGAUAGAGCGCGUUGAACCCGUAGUUACGGAAAUAACAAAAGCGGAGGAUGAGGUAUUAUUAGAGGAUGAUCUGGCUAAAGUGACAUCGGUUAGUGAAACCGAUCGGGUAGAACCAGUGGAUAAGGAAAUUGCUAAGGCAGAGGAUGGAAGUGUAUCUCAAGAGAAAACGGGUUUGCCAGAAUCCCCUGCAGAAAUAAAACAUGUAGAUCUUGAGAUUGAGAAAAUUACAGACACUGAUGUCGAGGCUGUGUUGGAAGAGGAACCCUCCGAUGAUAAAGUUUCUGAUCAGGUAGAAACUGUAGCCGAGGACGUUUCAAAAAUAGCCGAAGUUAUUAAGUUAGAAGAGAAAAUCAUCACAAAAGACACAACGGAGAUUGAGCGUGUUACACCGGUAGUUUCAGAAAUAACAAAGACGGAGGGAGAGACUGUAUCAGACGAUGAUGUGGCUGCAGUAAAAACAGUUACUGACAUCGCUGAUGUAGAACCUAUCGAUGAGGAAAUUACAAAGGCUGAAGUAGAUAUUAUUUUGGAAGGGAAACCGGUCAUUGCAGAAACUCCAUUAGAAAUAACGCAUAUUGUAACUGAAGUUAAAGAAAUUACAGUGACUCACGAUGAGCCUGUGUUGGAAAAAGAACCCUCUGAAACUAAACCUGCUUCUGAAAUUACUCAUGCACAAUUGGUGACUGAAAAAAUAAUAAAGACGGCCGAAGAUACUAAGUUAGAAGAUAAACUCAUCACAACUGAAACUCAGUUGGAGAUUGAGCGAGUAGAAGCCGUAGUAACGGAAAUAACAAAAGCAGAGGAAGAGACAGUAGUAGUGGACGAUGUGGCUAAAGUUACAUCAGUCAGUGAAAUCGAUGAGGUUGAACCAGUCGAUGAGGAAAUCACAAAGGCAGAGGUUACAACUGUCUUGGAAGAGAAACCGCUUUUACCAGUCGUCAGUGAUCAUACAGAAACCGUAGUUGAACACGUUACAAAAACAUCCGAAGUGAGCACGUUAGAAGAGAAACUCAUCGUAUCAGAAACACCGGAGAUAGAGCGCGUUGAACCCGUAGUUACGGAAAUAACAAAAGCGGAGGAUGAGGUAUUAUUAGAGGAUGAUCUGGCUAAAGUGACAUCGGUUAGUGAAACCGAUCGGGUAGAACCAGUGGAUAAGGAAAUUGCUAAGGCAGAGGAUGGAAGUGUAUCUCAAGAGAAAACGGGUUUGCCAGAAUCCCCUGCAGAAAUAAAACAUGUAGAUCUUGAGAUUGAGAAAAUUACAGACACUGAUGUCGAGGCUGUGUUGGAAGAGGAACCCUCCGAUGAUAAAGUUUCUGAUCAGGUAGAAACUGUAGCCGAGGACGUUUCAAAAAUAGCCGAAGUUAUUAAGUUAGAAGAGAAAAUCAUCACAAAAGACACAACGGAGAUUGAGCGUGUUACACCGGUAGUUUCAGAAAUAACAAAGACGGAGGGAGAGACUGUAUCAGACGAUGAUGUGGCUGCAGUAAAAACAGUUACUGACAUCGCUGAUGUAGAACCUAUCGAUGAGGAAAUUACAAAGGCUGAAGUAGAUAUUAUUUUGGAAGGGAAACCGGUCAUUGCAGAAACUCCAUUAGAAAUAACGCAUAUUGUAACUGAAGUUAAAGAAAUUACAGUGACUCACGAUGAGCCUGUGUUGGAAAAAGAACCCUCUGAAACUAAACCUGCUUCUGAAAUUACUCAUGCACAAUUGGUGACUGAAAAAAUAAUAAAGACGGCCGAAGAUACUAAGUUAGAAGAUAAACUCAUCACAACUGAAACUCAGUUGGAGAUUGAGCGAGUAGAAGCCGUAGUAACGGAAAUAACAAAAGCAGAGGAAGAGACAGUAGUAGUGGACGAUGUGGCUAAAGUUACAUCAGUCAGUGAAAUCGAUGAGGUUGAACCAGUCGAUGAGGAAAUCACAAAGGCAGAGGUUACAACUGUCUUGGAAGAGAAACCGCUUUUACCAGUCGUCAGUGAUCAUACAGAAACCGUAGUUGAAGACGUUACAAAAACAUCCGAAGUGAGCACGUUAGAAGAGAAACUCAUCGUAUCAGAAACACCGGAGAUAGAGCGCGUUGAACCCGUAGUUACGGAAAUAACAAAAGCGGAGGAUGAGGUAUUAUUAGAGGAUGAUCUGGCUAAAGUGACAUCGGUUAGUGAAACCGAUCGGGUAGAACCAGUGGAUAAGGAAAUUGCUAAGGCAGAGGAUGGAAGUGUAUCUCAAGAGAAAACGGGUUUGCCAGAAUCCCCUGCAGAAAUAAAACAUGUAGAUCUUGAGAUUGAGAAAAUUACAGACACUGAUGUCGAGGCUGUGUUGGAAGAGGAACCCUCCGAUGAUAAAGUUUCUGAUCAGGUAGAAACUGUAGCCGAGGACGUUUCAAAAAUAGCCGAAGUUAUUAAGUUAGAAGAGAAAAUCAUCACAAAAGACACAACGGAGAUUGAGCGUGUUACACCGGUAGUUUCAGAAAUAACAAAGACGGAGGGAGAGACUGUAUCAGACGAUGAUGUGGCUGCAGUAAAAACAGUUACUGACAUCGCUGAUGUAGAACCUAUCGAUGAGGAAAUUACAAAGGCUGAAGUAGAUAUUAUUUUGGAAGGGAAACCGGUCAUUGCAGAAACUCCAUUAGAAAUAACGCAUAUUGUAACUGAAGUUAAAGAAAUUACAGUGACUCACGAUGAGCCUGUGUUGGAAAAAGAACCCUCUGAAACUAAACCUGCUUCUGAAAUUACUCAUGCACAAUUGGUGACUGAAAAAAUAAUAAAGACGGCCGAAGAUACUAAGUUAGAAGAUAAACUCAUCACAACUGAAACUCAGUUGGAGAUUGAGCGAGUAGAAGCCGUAGUAACGGAAAUAACAAAAGCAGAGGAAGAGACAGUAGUAGUGGACGAUGUGGCUAAAGUUACAUCAGUCAGUGAAAUCGAUGAGGUUGAACCAGUCGAUGAGGAAAUCACAAAGGCAGAGGUUACAACUGUCUUGGAAGAGAAACCGCUUUUACCAGUCGUCAGUGAUCAUACAGAAACCGUAGUUGAACACGUUACAAAAACAUCCGAAGUGAGCACGUUAGAAGAGAAACUCAUCGUAUCAGAAACACCGGAGAUAGAGCGCGUUGAACCCGUAGUUACGGAAAUAACAAAAGCGGAGGAUGAGGUAUUAUUAGAGGAUGAUCUGGCUAAAGUGACAUCGGUUAGUGAAACCGAUCGGGUAGAACCAGUGGAUAAGGAAAUUGCUAAGGCAGAGGAUGGAAGUGUAUCUCAAGAGAAAACGGGUUUGCCAGAAUCCCCUGCAGAAAUAAAACAUGUAGAUCUUGAGAUUGAGAAAAUUACAGACACUGAUGUCGAGGCUGUGUUGGAAGAGGAACCCUCCGAUGAUAAAGUUUCUGAUCAGGUAGAAACUGUAGCCGAGGACGUUUCAAAAAUAGCCGAAGUUAUUAAGUUAGAAGAGAAAAUCAUCACAAAAGACACAACGGAGAUUGAGCGUGUUACACCGGUAGUUUCAGAAAUAACAAAGACGGAGGGAGAGACUGUAUCAGACGAUGAUGUGGCUGCAGUAAAAACAGUUACUGACAUCGCUGAUGUAGAACCUAUCGAUGAGGAAAUUACAAAGGCUGAAGUAGAUAUUAUUUUGGAAGGGAAACCGGUCAUUGCAGAAACUCCAUUAGAAAUAACGCAUAUUGUAACUGAAGUUAAAGAAAUUACAGUGACUCACGAUGAGCCUGUGUUGGAAAAAGAACCCUCUGAAACUAAACCUGCUUCUGAAAUUACUCAUGCACAAUUGGUGACUGAAAAAAUAAUAAAGACGGCCGAAGAUACUAAGUUAGAAGAUAAACUCAUCACAACUGAAACUCAGUUGGAGAUUGAGCGAGUAGAAGCCGUAGUAACGGAAAUAACAAAAGCAGAGGAAGAGACAGUAGUAGUGGACGAUGUGGCUAAAGUUACAUCAGUCAGUGAAAUCGAUGAGGUUGAACCAGUCGAUGAGGAAAUCACAAAGGCAGAGGUUACAACUGUCUUGGAAGAGAAACCGCUUUUACCAGUCGUCAGUGAUCAUACAGAAACCGUAGUUGAACACGUUACAAAAACAUCCGAAGUGAGCACGUUAGAAGAGAAACUCAUCGUAUCAGAAACACCGGAGAUAGAGCGCGUUGAACCCGUAGUUACGGAAAUAACAAAAGCGGAGGAUGAGGUAUUAUUAGAGGAUGAUCUGGCUAAAGUGACAUCGGUUAGUGAAACCGAUCGGGUAGAACCAGUGGAUAAGGAAAUUGCUAAGGCAGAGGAUGGAAGUGUAUCUCAAGAGAAAACGGGUUUGCCAGAAUCCCCUGCAGAAAUAAAACAUGUAGAUCUUGAGAUUGAGAAAAUUACAGACACUGAUGUCGAGGCUGUGUUGGAAGAGGAACCCUCCGAUGAUAAAGUUUCUGAUCAGGUAGAAACUGUAGCCGAGGACGUUUCAAAAAUAGCCGAAGUUAUUAAGUUAGAAGAGAAAAUCAUCACAAAAGACACAACGGAGAUUGAGCGUGUUACACCGGUAGUUUCAGAAAUAACAAAGACGGAGGGAGAGACUGUAUCAGACGAUGAUGUGGCUGCAGUAAAAACAGUUACUGACAUCGCUGAUGUAGAACCUAUCGAUGAGGAAAUUACAAAGGCUGAAGUAGAUAUUAUUUUGGAAGGGAAACCGGUCAUUGCAGAAACUCCAUUAGAAAUAACGCAUAUUGUAACUGAAGUUAAAGAAAUUACAGUGACUCACGAUGAGCCUGUGUUGGAAAAAGAACCCUCUGAAACUAAACCUGCUUCUGAAAUUACUCAUGCACAAUUGGUGACUGAAAAAAUAAUAAAGACGGCCGAAGAUACUAAGUUAGAAGAUAAACUCAUCACAACUGAAACUCAGUUGGAGAUUGAGCGAGUAGAAGCCGUAGUAACGGAAAUAACAAAAGCAGAGGAAGAGACAGUAGUAGUGGACGAUGUGGCUAAAGUUACAUCAGUCAGUGAAAUCGAUGAGGUUGAACCAGUCGAUGAGGAAAUCACAAAGGCAGAGGUUACAACUGUCUUGGAAGAGAAACCGCUUUUACCAGUCGUCAGUGAUCAUACAGAAACCGUAGUUGAACACGUUACAAAAACAUCCGAAGUGAGCACGUUAGAAGAGAAACUCAUCGUAUCAGAAACACCGGAGAUAGAGCGCGUUGAACCCGUAGUUACGGAAAUAACAAAAGCGGAGGAUGAGGUAUUAUUAGAGGAUGAUCUGGCUAAAGUGACAUCGGUUAGUGAAACCGAUCGGGUAGAACCAGUGGAUAAGGAAAUUGCUAAGGCAGAGGAUGGAAGUGUAUCUCAAGAGAAAACGGGUUUGCCAGAAUCCCCUGCAGAAAUAAAACAUGUAGAUCUUGAGAUUGAGAAAAUUACAGACACUGAUGUCGAGGCUGUGUUGGAAGAGGAACCCUCCGAUGAUAAAGUUUCUGAUCAGGUAGAAACUGUAGCCGAGGACGUUUCAAAAAUAGCCGAAGUUAUUAAGUUAGAAGAGAAAAUCAUCACAAAAGACACAACGGAGAUUGAGCGUGUUACACCGGUAGUUUCAGAAAUAACAAAGACGGAGGGAGAGACUGUAUCAGACGAUGAUGUGGCUGCAGUAAAAACAGUUACUGACAUCGCUGAUGUAGAACCUAUCGAUGAGGAAAUUACAAAGGCUGAAGUAGAUAUUAUUUUGGAAGGGAAACCGGUCAUUGCAGAAACUCCAUUAGAAAUAACGCAUAUUGUAACUGAAGUUAAAGAAAUUACAGUGACUCACGAUGAGCCUGUGUUGGAAAAAGAACCCUCUGAAACUAAACCUGCUUCUGAAAUUACUCAUGCACAAUUGGUGACUGAAAAAAUAAUAAAGACGGCCGAAGAUACUAAGUUAGAAGAUAAACUCAUCACAACUGAAACUCAGUUGGAGAUUGAGCGAGUAGAAGCCGUAGUAACGGAAAUAACAAAAGCAGAGGAAGAGACAGUAGUAGUGGACGAUGUGGCUAAAGUUACAUCAGUCAGUGAAAUCGAUGAGGUUGAACCAGUCGAUGAGGAAAUCACAAAGGCAGAGGUUACAACUGUCUUGGAAGAGAAACCGCUUUUACCAGUCGUCAGUGAUCAUACAGAAACCGUAGUUGAACACGUUACAAAAACAUCCGAAGUGAGCACGUUAGAAGAGAAACUCAUCGUAUCAGAAACACCGGAGAUAGAGCGCGUUGAACCCGUAGUUACGGAAAUAACAAAAGCGGAGGAUGAGGUAUUAUUAGAGGAUGAUCUGGCUAAAGUGACAUCGGUUAGUGAAACCGAUCGGGUAGAACCAGUGGAUAAGGAAAUUGCUAAGGCAGAGGAUGGAAGUGUAUCUCAAGAGAAAACGGGUUUGCCAGAAUCCCCUGCAGAAAUAAAACAUGUAGAUCUUGAGAUUGAGAAAAUUACAGACACUGAUGUCGAGGCUGUGUUGGAAGAGGAACCCUCCGAUGAUAAAGUUUCUGAUCAGGUAGAAACUGUAGCCGAGGACGUUUCAAAAAUAGCCGAAGUUAUUAAGUUAGAAGAGAAAAUCAUCACAAAAGACACAACGGAGAUUGAGCGUGUUACACCGGUAGUUUCAGAAAUAACAAAGACGGAGGGAGAGACUGUAUCAGACGAUGAUGUGGCUGCAGUAAAAACAGUUACUGACAUCGCUGAUGUAGAACCUAUCGAUGAGGAAAUUACAAAGGCUGAAGUAGAUAUUAUUUUGGAAGGGAAACCGGUCAUUGCAGAAACUCCAUUAGAAAUAACGCAUAUUGUAACUGAAGUUAAAGAAAUUACAGUGACUCACGAUGAGCCUGUGUUGGAAAAAGAACCCUCUGAAACUAAACCUGCUUCUGAAAUUACUCAUGCACAAUUGGUGACUGAAAAAAUAAUAAAGACGGCCGAAGAUACUAAGUUAGAAGAUAAACUCAUCACAACUGAAACUCAGUUGGAGAUUGAGCGAGUAGAAGCCGUAGUAACGGAAAUAACAAAAGCAGAGGAAGAGACAGUAGUAGUGGACGAUGUGGCUAAAGUUACAUCAGUCAGUGAAAUCGAUGAGGUUGAACCAGUCGAUGAGGAAAUCACAAAGGCAGAGGUUACAACUGUCUUGGAAGAGAAACCGCUUUUACCAGUCGUCAGUGAUCAUACAGAAACCGUAGUUGAAGACGUUACAAAAACAUCCGAAGUGAGCACGUUAGAAGAGAAACUCAUCGUAUCAGAAACACCGGAGAUAGAGCGCGUUGAACCCGUAGUUACGGAAAUAACAAAAGCGGAGGAUGAGGUAUUAUUAGAGGAUGAUCUGGCUAAAGUGACAUCGGUUAGUGAAACCGAUCGGGUAGAACCAGUGGAUAAGGAAAUUGCUAAGGCAGAGGAUGGAAGUGUAUCUCAAGAGAAAACGGGUUUGCCAGAAUCCCCUGCAGAAAUAAAACAUGUAGAUCUUGAGAUUGAGAAAAUUACAGACACUGAUGUCGAGGCUGUGUUGGAAGAGGAACCCUCCGAUGAUAAAGUUUCUGAUCAGGUAGAAACUGUAGCCGAGGACGUUUCAAAAAUAGCCGAAGUUAUUAAGUUAGAAGAGAAAAUCAUCACAAAAGACACAACGGAGAUUGAGCGUGUUACACCGGUAGUUUCAGAAAUAACAAAGACGGAGGGAGAGACUGUAUCAGACGAUGAUGUGGCUGCAGUAAAAACAGUUACUGACAUCGCUGAUGUAGAACCUAUCGAUGAGGAAAUUACAAAGGCUGAAGUAGAUAUUAUUUUGGAAGGGAAACCGGUCAUUGCAGAAACUCCAUUAGAAAUAACGCAUAUUGUAACUGAAGUUAAAGAAAUUACAGUGACUCACGAUGAGCCUGUGUUGGAAAAAGAACCCUCUGAAACUAAACCUGCUUCUGAAAUUACUCAUGCACAAUUGGUGACUGAAAAAAUAAUAAAGACGGCCGAAGAUACUAAGUUAGAAGAUAAACUCAUCACAACUGAAACUCAGUUGGAGAUUGAGCGAGUAGAAGCCGUAGUAACGGAAAUAACAAAAGCAGAGGAAGAGACAGUAGUAGUGGACGAUGUGGCUAAAGUUACAUCAGUCAGUGAAAUCGAUGAGGUUGAACCAGUCGAUGAGGAAAUCACAAAGGCAGAGGUUACAACUGUCUUGGAAGAGAAACCGCUUUUACCAGUCGUCAGUGAUCAUACAGAAACCGUAGUUGAAGACGUUACAAAAACAUCCGAAGUGAGCACGUUAGAAGAGAAACUCAUCGUAUCAGAAACACCGGAGAUAGAGCGCGUUGAACCCGUAGUUACGGAAAUAACAAAAGCGGAGGAUGAGGUAUUAUUAGAGGAUGAUCUGGCUAAAGUGACAUCGGUUAGUGAAACCGAUCGGGUAGAACCAGUGGAUAAGGAAAUUGCUAAGGCAGAGGAUGGAAGUGUAUCUCAAGAGAAAACGGGUUUGCCAGAAUCCCCUGCAGAAAUAAAACAUGUAGAUCUUGAGAUUGAGAAAAUUACAGACACUGAUGUCGAGGCUGUGUUGGAAGAGGAACCCUCCGAUGAUAAAGUUUCUGAUCAGGUAGAAACUGUAGCCGAGGACGUUUCAAAAAUAGCCGAAGUUAUUAAGUUAGAAGAGAAAAUCAUCACAAAAGACACAACGGAGAUUGAGCGUGUUACACCGGUAGUUUCAGAAAUAACAAAGACGGAGGGAGAGACUGUAUCAGACGAUGAUGUGGCUGCAGUAAAAACAGUUACUGACAUCGCUGAUGUAGAACCUAUCGAUGAGGAAAUUACAAAGGCUGAAGUAGAUAUUAUUUUGGAAGGGAAACCGGUCAUUGCAGAAACUCCAUUAGAAAUAACGCAUAUUGUAACUGAAGUUAAAGAAAUUACAGUGACUCACGAUGAGCCUGUGUUGGAAAAAGAACCCUCUGAAACUAAACCUGCUUCUGAAAUUACUCAUGCACAAUUGGUGACUGAAAAAAUAAUAAAGACGGCCGAAGAUACUAAGUUAGAAGAUAAACUCAUCACAACUGAAACUCAGUUGGAGAUUGAGCGAGUAGAAGCCGUAGUAACGGAAAUAACAAAAGCAGAGGAAGAGACAGUAGUAGUGGACGAUGUGGCUAAAGUUACAUCAGUCAGUGAAAUCGAUGAGGUUGAACCAGUCGAUGAGGAAAUCACAAAGGCAGAGGUUACAACUGUCUUGGAAGAGAAACCGCUUUUACCAGUCGUCAGUGAUCAUACAGAAACCGUAGUUGAACACGUUACAAAAACAUCCGAAGUGAGCACGUUAGAAGAGAAACUCAUCGUAUCAGAAACACCGGAGAUAGAGCGCGUUGAACCCGUAGUUACGGAAAUAACAAAAGCGGAGGAUGAGGUAUUAUUAGAGGAUGAUCUGGCUAAAGUGACAUCGGUUAGUGAAACCGAUCGGGUAGAACCAGUGGAUAAGGAAAUUGCUAAGGCAGAGGAUGGAAGUGUAUCUCAAGAGAAAACGGGUUUGCCAGAAUCCCCUGCAGAAAUAAAACAUGUAGAUCUUGAGAUUGAGAAAAUUACAGACACUGAUGUCGAGGCUGUGUUGGAAGAGGAACCCUCCGAUGAUAAAGUUUCUGAUCAGGUAGAAACUGUAGCCGAGGACGUUUCAAAAAUAGCCGAAGUUAUUAAGUUAGAAGAGAAAAUCAUCACAAAAGACACAACGGAGAUUGAGCGUGUUACACCGGUAGUUUCAGAAAUAACAAAGACGGAGGGAGAGACUGUAUCAGACGAUGAUGUGGCUGCAGUAAAAACAGUUACUGACAUCGCUGAUGUAGAACCUAUCGAUGAGGAAAUUACAAAGGCUGAAGUAGAUAUUAUUUUGGAAGGGAAACCGGUCAUUGCAGAAACUCCAUUAGAAAUAACGCAUAUUGUAACUGAAGUUAAAGAAAUUACAGUGACUCACGAUGAGCCUGUGUUGGAAAAAGAACCCUCUGAAACUAAACCUGCUUCUGAAAUUACUCAUGCACAAUUGGUGACUGAAAAAAUAAUAAAGACGGCCGAAGAUACUAAGUUAGAAGAUAAACUCAUCACAACUGAAACUCAGUUGGAGAUUGAGCGAGUAGAAGCCGUAGUAACGGAAAUAACAAAAGCAGAGGAAGAGACAGUAGUAGUGGACGAUGUGGCUAAAGUUACAUCAGUCAGUGAAAUCGAUGAGGUUGAACCAGUCGAUGAGGAAAUCACAAAGGCAGAGGUUACAACUGUCUUGGAAGAGAAACCGCUUUUACCAGUCGUCAGUGAUCAUACAGAAACCGUAGUUGAAGACGUUACAAAAACAUCCGAAGUGAGCACGUUAGAAGAGAAACUCAUCGUAUCAGAAACACCGGAGAUAGAGCGCGUUGAACCCGUAGUUACGGAAAUAACAAAAGCGGAGGAUGAGGUAUUAUUAGAGGAUGAUCUGGCUAAAGUGACAUCGGUUAGUGAAACCGAUCGGGUAGAACCAGUGGAUAAGGAAAUUGCUAAGGCAGAGGAUGGAAGUGUAUCUCAAGAGAAAACGGGUUUGCCAGAAUCCCCUGCAGAAAUAAAACAUGUAGAUCUUGAGAUUGAGAAAAUUACAGACACUGAUGUCGAGGCUGUGUUGGAAGAGGAACCCUCCGAUGAUAAAGUUUCUGAUCAGGUAGAAACUGUAGCCGAGGACGUUUCAAAAAUAGCCGAAGUUAUUAAGUUAGAAGAGAAAAUCAUCACAAAAGACACAACGGAGAUUGAGCGUGUUACACCGGUAGUUUCAGAAAUAACAAAGACGGAGGGAGAGACUGUAUCAGACGAUGAUGUGGCUGCAGUAAAAACAGUUACUGACAUCGCUGAUGUAGAACCUAUCGAUGAGGAAAUUACAAAGGCUGAAGUAGAUAUUAUUUUGGAAGGGAAACCGGUCAUUGCAGAAACUCCAUUAGAAAUAACGCAUAUUGUAACUGAAGUUAAAGAAAUUACAGUGACUCACGAUGAGCCUGUGUUGGAAAAAGAACCCUCUGAAACUAAACCUGCUUCUGAAAUUACUCAUGCACAAUUGGUGACUGAAAAAAUAAUAAAGACGGCCGAAGAUACUAAGUUAGAAGAUAAACUCAUCACAACUGAAACUCAGUUGGAGAUUGAGCGAGUAGAAGCCGUAGUAACGGAAAUAACAAAAGCAGAGGAAGAGACAGUAGUAGUGGACGAUGUGGCUAAAGUUACAUCAGUCAGUGAAAUCGAUGAGGUUGAACCAGUCGAUGAGGAAAUCACAAAGGCAGAGGUUACAACUGUCUUGGAAGAGAAACCGCUUUUACCAGUCGUCAGUGAUCAUACAGAAACCGUAGUUGAAGACGUUACAAAAACAUCCGAAGUGAGCACGUUAGAAGAGAAACUCAUCGUAUCAGAAACACCGGAGAUAGAGCGCGUUGAACCCGUAGUUACGGAAAUAACAAAAGCGGAGGAUGAGGUAUUAUUAGAGGAUGAUCUGGCUAAAGUGACAUCGGUUAGUGAAACCGAUCGGGUAGAACCAGUGGAUAAGGAAAUUGCUAAGGCAGAGGAUGGAAGUGUAUCUCAAGAGAAAACGGGUUUGCCAGAAUCCCCUGCAGAAAUAAAACAUGUAGAUCUUGAGAUUGAGAAAAUUACAGACACUGAUGUCGAGGCUGUGUUGGAAGAGGAACCCUCCGAUGAUAAAGUUUCUGAUCAGGUAGAAACUGUAGCCGAGGACGUUUCAAAAAUAGCCGAAGUUAUUAAGUUAGAAGAGAAAAUCAUCACAAAAGACACAACGGAGAUUGAGCGUGUUACACCGGUAGUUUCAGAAAUAACAAAGACGGAGGGAGAGACUGUAUCAGACGAUGAUGUGGCUGCAGUAAAAACAGUUACUGACAUCGCUGAUGUAGAACCUAUCGAUGAGGAAAUUACAAAGGCUGAAGUAGAUAUUAUUUUGGAAGGGAAACCGGUCAUUGCAGAAACUCCAUUAGAAAUAACGCAUAUUGUAACUGAAGUUAAAGAAAUUACAGUGACUCACGAUGAGCCUGUGUUGGAAAAAGAACCCUCUGAAACUAAACCUGCUUCUGAAAUUACUCAUGCACAAUUGGUGACUGAAAAAAUAAUAAAGACGGCCGAAGAUACUAAGUUAGAAGAUAAACUCAUCACAACUGAAACUCAGUUGGAGAUUGAGCGAGUAGAAGCCGUAGUAACGGAAAUAACAAAAGCAGAGGAAGAGACAGUAGUAGUGGACGAUGUGGCUAAAGUUACAUCAGUCAGUGAAAUCGAUGAGGUUGAACCAGUCGAUGAGGAAAUCACAAAGGCAGAGGUUACAACUGUCUUGGAAGAGAAACCGCUUUUACCAGUCGUCAGUGAUCAUACAGAAACCGUAGUUGAAGACGUUACAAAAACAUCCGAAGUGAGCACGUUAGAAGAGAAACUCAUCGUAUCAGAAACACCGGAGAUAGAGCGCGUUGAACCCGUAGUUACGGAAAUAACAAAAGCGGAGGAUGAGGUAUUAUUAGAGGAUGAUCUGGCUAAAGUGACAUCGGUUAGUGAAACCGAUCGGGUAGAACCAGUGGAUAAGGAAAUUGCUAAGGCAGAGGAUGGAAGUGUAUCUCAAGAGAAAACGGGUUUGCCAGAAUCCCCUGCAGAAAUAAAACAUGUAGAUCUUGAGAUUGAGAAAAUUACAGACACUGAUGUCGAGGCUGUGUUGGAAGAGGAACCCUCCGAUGAUAAAGUUUCUGAUCAGGUAGAAACUGUAGCCGAGGACGUUUCAAAAAUAGCCGAAGUUAUUAAGUUAGAAGAGAAAAUCAUCACAAAAGACACAACGGAGAUUGAGCGUGUUACACCGGUAGUUUCAGAAAUAACAAAGACGGAGGGAGAGACUGUAUCAGACGAUGAUGUGGCUGCAGUAAAAACAGUUACUGACAUCGCUGAUGUAGAACCUAUCGAUGAGGAAAUUACAAAGGCUGAAGUAGAUAUUAUUUUGGAAGGGAAACCGGUCAUUGCAGAAACUCCAUUAGAAAUAACGCAUAUUGUAACUGAAGUUAAAGAAAUUACAGUGACUCACGAUGAGCCUGUGUUGGAAAAAGAACCCUCUGAAACUAAACCUGCUUCUGAAAUUACUCAUGCACAAUUGGUGACUGAAAAAAUAAUAAAGACGGCCGAAGAUACUAAGUUAGAAGAUAAACUCAUCACAACUGAAACUCAGUUGGAGAUUGAGCGAGUAGAAGCCGUAGUAACGGAAAUAACAAAAGCAGAGGAAGAGACAGUAGUAGUGGACGAUGUGGCUAAAGUUACAUCAGUCAGUGAAAUCGAUGAGGUUGAACCAGUCGAUGAGGAAAUCACAAAGGCAGAGGUUACAACUGUCUUGGAAGAGAAACCGCUUUUACCAGUCGUCAGUGAUCAUACAGAAACCGUAGUUGAAGACGUUACAAAAACAUCCGAAGUGAGCACGUUAGAAGAGAAACUCAUCGUAUCAGAAACACCGGAGAUAGAGCGCGUUGAACCCGUAGUUACGGAAAUAACAAAAGCGGAGGAUGAGGUAUUAUUAGAGGAUGAUCUGGCUAAAGUGACAUCGGUUAGUGAAACCGAUCGGGUAGAACCAGUGGAUAAGGAAAUUGCUAAGGCAGAGGAUGGAAGUGUAUCUCAAGAGAAAACGGGUUUGCCAGAAUCCCCUGCAGAAAUAAAACAUGUAGAUCUUGAGAUUGAGAAAAUUACAGACACUGAUGUCGAGGCUGUGUUGGAAGAGGAACCCUCCGAUGAUAAAGUUUCUGAUCAGGUAGAAACUGUAGCCGAGGACGUUUCAAAAAUAGCCGAAGUUAUUAAGUUAGAAGAGAAAAUCAUCACAAAAGACACAACGGAGAUUGAGCGUGUUACACCGGUAGUUUCAGAAAUAACAAAGACGGAGGGAGAGACUGUAUCAGACGAUGAUGUGGCUGCAGUAAAAACAGUUACUGACAUCGCUGAUGUAGAACCUAUCGAUGAGGAAAUUACAAAGGCUGAAGUAGAUAUUAUUUUGGAAGGGAAACCGGUCAUUGCAGAAACUCCAUUAGAAAUAACGCAUAUUGUAACUGAAGUUAAAGAAAUUACAGUGACUCACGAUGAGCCUGUGUUGGAAAAAGAACCCUCUGAAACUAAACCUGCUUCUGAAAUUACUCAUGCACAAUUGGUGACUGAAAAAAUAAUAAAGACGGCCGAAGAUACUAAGUUAGAAGAUAAACUCAUCACAACUGAAACUCAGUUGGAGAUUGAGCGAGUAGAAGCCGUAGUAACGGAAAUAACAAAAGCAGAGGAAGAGACAGUAGUAGUGGACGAUGUGGCUAAAGUUACAUCAGUCAGUGAAAUCGAUGAGGUUGAACCAGUCGAUGAGGAAAUCACAAAGGCAGAGGUUACAACUGUCUUGGAAGAGAAACCGCUUUUACCAGUCGUCAGUGAUCAUACAGAAACCGUAGUUGAAGACGUUACAAAAACAUCCGAAGUGAGCACGUUAGAAGAGAAACUCAUCGUAUCAGAAACACCGGAGAUAGAGCGCGUUGAACCCGUAGUUACGGAAAUAACAAAAGCGGAGGAUGAGGUAUUAUUAGAGGAUGAUCUGGCUAAAGUGACAUCGGUUAGUGAAACCGAUCGGGUAGAACCAGUGGAUAAGGAAAUUGCUAAGGCAGAGGAUGGAAGUGUAUCUCAAGAGAAAACGGGUUUGCCAGAAUCCCCUGCAGAAAUAAAACAUGUAGAUCUUGAGAUUGAGAAAAUUACAGACACUGAUGUCGAGGCUGUGUUGGAAGAGGAACCCUCCGAUGAUAAAGUUUCUGAUCAGGUAGAAACUGUAGCCGAGGACGUUUCAAAAAUAGCCGAAGUUAUUAAGUUAGAAGAGAAAAUCAUCACAAAAGACACAACGGAGAUUGAGCGUGUUACACCGGUAGUUUCAGAAAUAACAAAGACGGAGGGAGAGACUGUAUCAGACGAUGAUGUGGCUGCAGUAAAAACAGUUACUGACAUCGCUGAUGUAGAACCUAUCGAUGAGGAAAUUACAAAGGCUGAAGUAGAUAUUAUUUUGGAAGGGAAACCGGUCAUUGCAGAAACUCCAUUAGAAAUAACGCAUAUUGUAACUGAAGUUAAAGAAAUUACAGUGACUCACGAUGAGCCUGUGUUGGAAAAAGAACCCUCUGAAACUAAACCUGCUUCUGAAAUUACUCAUGCACAAUUGGUGACUGAAAAAAUAAUAAAGACGGCCGAAGAUACUAAGUUAGAAGAUAAACUCAUCACAACUGAAACUCAGUUGGAGAUUGAGCGAGUAGAAGCCGUAGUAACGGAAAUAACAAAAGCAGAGGAAGAGACAGUAGUAGUGGACGAUGUGGCUAAAGUUACAUCAGUCAGUGAAAUCGAUGAGGUUGAACCAGUCGAUGAGGAAAUCACAAAGGCAGAGGUUACAACUGUCUUGGAAGAGAAACCGCUUUUACCAGUCGUCAGUGAUCAUACAGAAACCGUAGUUGAAGACGUUACAAAAACAUCCGAAGUGAGCACGUUAGAAGAGAAACUCAUCGUAUCAGAAACACCGGAGAUAGAGCGCGUUGAACCCGUAGUUACGGAAAUAACAAAAGCGGAGGAUGAGGUAUUAUUAGAGGAUGAUCUGGCUAAAGUGACAUCGGUUAGUGAAACCGAUCGGGUAGAACCAGUGGAUAAGGAAAUUGCUAAGGCAGAGGAUGGAAGUGUAUCUCAAGAGAAAACGGGUUUGCCAGAAUCCCCUGCAGAAAUAAAACAUGUAGAUCUUGAGAUUGAGAAAAUUACAGACACUGAUGUCGAGGCUGUGUUGGAAGAGGAACCCUCCGAUGAUAAAGUUUCUGAUCAGGUAGAAACUGUAGCCGAGGACGUUUCAAAAAUAGCCGAAGUUAUUAAGUUAGAAGAGAAAAUCAUCACAAAAGACACAACGGAGAUUGAGCGUGUUACACCGGUAGUUUCAGAAAUAACAAAGACGGAGGGAGAGACUGUAUCAGACGAUGAUGUGGCUGCAGUAAAAACAGUUACUGACAUCGCUGAUGUAGAACCUAUCGAUGAGGAAAUUACAAAGGCUGAAGUAGAUAUUAUUUUGGAAGGGAAACCGGUCAUUGCAGAAACUCCAUUAGAAAUAACGCAUAUUGUAACUGAAGUUAAAGAAAUUACAGUGACUCACGAUGAGCCUGUGUUGGAAAAAGAACCCUCUGAAACUAAACCUGCUUCUGAAAUUACUCAUGCACAAUUGGUGACUGAAAAAAUAAUAAAGACGGCCGAAGAUACUAAGUUAGAAGAUAAACUCAUCACAACUGAAACUCAGUUGGAGAUUGAGCGAGUAGAAGCCGUAGUAACGGAAAUAACAAAAGCAGAGGAAGAGACAGUAGUAGUGGACGAUGUGGCUAAAGUUACAUCAGUCAGUGAAAUCGAUGAGGUUGAACCAGUCGAUGAGGAAAUCACAAAGGCAGAGGUUACAACUGUCUUGGAAGAGAAACCGCUUUUACCAGUCGUCAGUGAUCAUACAGAAACCGUAGUUGAAGACGUUACAAAAACAUCCGAAGUGAGCACGUUAGAAGAGAAACUCAUCGUAUCAGAAACACCGGAGAUAGAGCGCGUUGAACCCGUAGUUACAGAAAUAACAAAAGCGGAGGAUGAGGUAUUAUUAGAGGAUGAUCUGGCUAAAGUGACAUCGGUUAGUGAAACCGAUCGGGUAGAACCAGUGGAUAAGGAAAUUGCUAAUGCAGAGGAUGGAAGUGUAUCUCAAGAGAAAACGGGUUUGCCAGAAUCCCCCGCAGAAAUAAAACAUGUAGAUCUUGAGAUUGAGAAAAUUACAGACACUGAUGUCGAGGCUGUGUUGGAAGAGGAACCCUCUGAUGAUAAAGUUUCUGAUCAGGUAGAAACUGUAGCCGAGGACGUUUCAAAAAUAGCCGAAGUUAUUAAGUUAGAAGAGAAAAUCAUCACAAAAGACACAACGGAGAUUGAGCGUGUUACACCGGUAGUUUCAGAAAUAACAAAGACGGAGGGAGAGACUGUAUCAGACGAUGAUGUGGCUGCAGUAAAAACAGUUACUGACAUCGCUGAUGUAGAACCUAUCGAUGAGGAAAUUACAAAGGCUGAAGUAGAUAUUAUUUUGGAAGGGAAACCGGUCAUUGCAGAAACUCCAUUAGAAAUAACGCAUAUUACUGAAGUUAAAGAAAUUACAGUGACUCAUGAUGAGCCUGUGUUGGAAAAAGAACCCUCUGAAACUAAACCUGCUUCUGAAAUUACUCAUGCACAAUUGGUGACUGAAAAAAUAAUAAAGACGGCCGAAGAUACUAAGUUAGAAGAUAAACUCAUCACAACUGAAACUCAGUUGGAGAUUGAGCGAGUAGAAGCCGUAGUAACGGAAAUAACAAAAGCAGAGGAAGAGGCAGUAGUAGUGGACGAUAUGGCUAAAGUUACAUCAGUCAGUGAAAUCGAUGAGGUUGAACCAGUCGAUGAGGAAAUCACAAAGGCAGAGACUACAACUGUCUUGGAGGAGAAACCGCUUUUACCAGUCGUCAGUGAUCAUACAGAAACCGUAGUUGAAGACGUUUCAAAAACAUCCGAAGUGAGCACGUUAGAAGAGAAACUCAUCGUAUCAGAAACACCGGAGAUAGAGCUCGUUGAACACGUAGUUACGGAAAUAACAAAAGCGGAGGAUGAGGUAUUAUUAGAGGAUGAUCUGGCUAAAGUGACAUCGGUUAGUGAAACCGAUCGGGUAGAACCAGUGGAUAAGGAAAUUGCUAAGGCAGAGGAAGGAAGUCUAUCUCAAGAGAAAACGGGUUUGCCAGAAUCCCCUGCAGAAAUAAAACAUGUAAAUCUUGAGAUUGAGAAAAUUACAGACACUGAUGUCGAGGCUGUGUUGGAAGAGGAACCCUCCGAUGAUAAAGUUUCUGAUCAGGUAGAAACUGUAGCCGAGGACGUUUCAAAAAUAGCCGAAGUUAUUAAGUUAGAAGAGAAAAUAAUCACAAAAGACACAACGGAGAUUGAGCGUGUUAAACCGGUAGUUUCAGAAAUAACAAAGACGGAGGGAGAGACUGUAUCAGACGAUGAUGUGGCUGCAGUAAAAACAGUUACUGACAUCGCUGAUGUAGAAACUAUCGAUGAGGAAAUUACAAAGGCUGAAGUAGAUAUUAUUUUGGAAGGGAAACCGGUUAUUGCAGAAACUCCAUUAGAAAUAACGCAUAUUGUAACUGAAGUUAAAGAAGUUACAGUGACUCACGAUGAGCCUGUGUUGGAAAAAGAACCCUCUGAAACUAAACCUGCUUCUGAAAUUACUCAUGCACAAUUGGUGACUGAAAAAAUAAUAAAGACCGCCGAAGAUACUAAGUUAGAAGAUAAACUCAUCACAACUGAAACUCAGUUGGAGAUUGAGCGUGUAGAAGCCGUAGUAACGGAAAUAACAAAAGCAGUGGAAGAGACAGUAGUAGAGGACAUUGUAACUGGCUUUGUAGAGAAACCAAUUUUAUCACAAUCCCCUGCCGGAAUAAAACAUUUUGAACCUUUGGUUGAGAAAUUUAUAGAGACUGAUGGUGAGACUGUGUUGGAGGAGGAACCCUCUGAAUAUAAGGAGUCAGUAGUUAUUGAUCAUGUAGAAACUGUAGUCGAAUACGUAUCAGAAACGUCUGAAGUGAUUAAAUUAGAUGAGAAAGUAAAAUCUGUUAGUGAUUUCACUCAUGUAGAACCGUUUUCUGAGGUAAUUAAAAAGGCAGAGGUUGAAAUUGUUUUUGAAGAGAAGCCUGAAAUAUCAGAUUCCUUAUUAGAUAUUAAGCGUAUUGAACCUGAGGUUCAGGAAAUUACAGUUACUGAUGAUGAGUCUGUUCUAGACGAAGAAGCCACUGAAACCAAACAAGCGUCUGACAUUGCUCAAGUAGAAAUGGUGAUUGGUCCAAUUUCAGAGACAACUGAAGUGACUGAGUUAGUAAUUUCAUUAAAUGAGGAACCGUCAAGUUCUAGAGUUUCAGCUAAUUUUCCUCUAGUUGAUUCAAUUUCUGAUAUAUCCAAAGUAGACAGAGAAUAUCGUAGUGAUUCUUUGGGAAUUUGGAGCAAUGUUGAAUGUGAAAUUGCUACAGAUAGUAGCUUUCCAUCUUUAGAAACUGGACCACAGUCAGCACCAUAUUCUACUGAAAUUAUUCAUAGUCGGGGUACGGUUGUGUCAUCUCCUUUUGACUUCACGUACCACUCUCAACAACAACUCCUGCAGGUUUAUUCUGAAUCAGAUACUGAAGCUACAACUUCUGAUCCGUACUUUCCUGAUAACCUCAACUUAAAAUUUGGUGAUACUACUGCAUCAGAAAUAACUGAUGCAGAUACUGACUCAUCAUCUCUAAUGUCCGUUAAGGAUAUUCAUAAAACCAUGAUUGUUGAUGAUAUAAAAAUGAAUGACGAUAUGAUAGAGGUAACAGUUAGUACAGAAGAGACUCAGGAAGAAAUCUACAAAGGUACAAAAGAACACGAAGAAUCAGAAAGAAGUAUUGAAGGUAAACUUUUAGAGACUGAAUCAGGAUCACAAAUUGUUAUUUUGGAAUCAGAAGUUGGCUCAUCACUUUGUAUUUGUGACCCAGUGACAAAAACAUCUGAUGUUAUUCUAAAAGAAAAGGUUUUACAUUCAGACAGAAAAGUUUCUAAAGAAUCUAAAAUAAAGGAAACUUUUAAGUCUGAAAGAACAACUAAGAAAAAAUAUUUUACCAAACAUCAACCUGUCAGCUAUGAUCACGUUGAAAGUAAAAUCAAAAGGGAUUUUCAUACAUCUCCUUUUAAAGCAACACCCAAGACUAUGACACAAGAUAAUGCUAUACCUACAACAUCUCGAUUACAAACGUACAAAACGUAUAAGUUUGUUUCUCCUGGUAAGAAAAGUAACGAGAUCGUUUCACCUGUACAAAAAUCAAGUUCUGAAGGCACAACAACAUUUGAUGAGAAAAAUAGUGCACAACAUUCAAAUGUUAAAAGAGUAACAAAAGCUUUACCACGUACUAGAGGUUACAUGGCAUCGACAUUGUCAAGAGACAUGAAAGUAGAAGGUACAUCUAGGGAGUCACUCCCAAGUUCUCCAAAACAUUUACCAACUAAGCCAAAAAGUAUUGAAAAGAAAAAAGAAAUCAGUGAUAUUUCAUCUCCAAAACGUAAGAUCAUUCCAUUUACAUCAGAAUUUAAGUCGGUACAAGAGAGAAAAUUAAAGGAAGCUUCAUCCAUUUCAGCGAAAAGACUAGUGGGAAAGAAAACAGAUGAUAAAGAAGAAAAACGAUCUGCAGUUUUCCACUCUAAGAAAGAAAAACAAACAGAUUUUGAAGGACAGACCAUUAAAAUUGAACAAAAGGAAAAUAAAAUCAAUAACGCUCGUUUAGAUUAUAAGCGUAAAAAUAUUACCAAUAUAUCUCCUAGUAGAAUAGAUAGGUCUGAUAAAAGCGAAGUCCCUACUUCCAAGAAAUUGCAGUAUAAACAAAAAAAGAAAGCACUUACAGGUGAUGAUGAAAAUAAAGAACAAUUGAAACUCAGGAAAAAGGAAACUCGGCCAAAAACUACAACAGACCAUGAAUUAAAGCUUAAUACUUUAAGCCCGCCUACUGUGCCUAGAUCACCUACCAGUUCUAAAACAACCAUUAGGAAAAAAAGAUCAGAAAAAUUCAUUAAAAAAGACAAUAAAGACAAAUCCAAUGCAGUGAUUCAAAAACUUCCGAAAACUGUUAGAGAAGAUACUAAGCAAGAACCUGAAUCUAGUAGUAUUUAUCUUCUUAAAAAGUCCAAAACUGUCUCGAAAACUAAAGUUGAAAAUGAAGAAAUGUCAGUUAAAGAAUAUGUACAGUUAGAAACUACAAAUAAUGAUUUGGUAAAUAUUAAAUCUCACUCUUCUAUUCAUGGCACCUUACUUAGAACUUCAGUACAUAGUAAUGUAGACGUACCACCAACCUCCUCUGAGGAUUCUUCUAAAAGUGUCAAACGUGCAGCUUCAGCACCUUUAAGUGCCGUAGAAUCAUACACGGAGUCUCCAGUUUCAGGGCGAAGAGGAAGCGGACCAACCCGAGGCCAAAUGUCCGACAGAAUAUUGGACCGUCAUUCAAGUUUCGAUCGUGGAAAAGGACCUUCUUCUUUACCUUCAAGUCCUAGUAGAAUGAGGAAUCAGAACCAAUGCGGCAGUAUUCAGCUUCUUACAUCUGAAGUUUUUACUAGAACUGUUGAUGCUACGGGAGGCAUAGAAGUAAUAUUCCGACAGCCAAGCGAUCCAAUACGAAAACCACCGAAGAUAGACCAAUUCCACACUGACGGAGGUGAAUUUUCUAUGAUCGAUACUACAGACUCAUCUCUCUCUGACUCUGUUGCUUUGCCGUCAUCUUCAUCCGAUCACGAUUUAAGUGUGGAUACAAGUUAUCGUUUGCGUACAAGUAUCUCACCAGGCUCCCCCAAAUUUUCUCGACGUUCUCGUGAUACAAUGAGUCCAAAAAUUCGGCAGUCAGAUAUAGUGGAGUGUACUACUGUCCCAGAAGGUGACAUAUCAGAAUCUGACUUUUCUCCGAUGAAGACUUCUUCCAAUAUAACACCUCUCGAUAAGCAGACAUCCACACCAACCAAAUUUGUCGAGAGAUCAGGCUCGGGGCGAACACCAACUCGAUCAGAAGAUCGAUUGUCACCAAUUCUAGAUGUCCGGUCAGUCACCCCGCCCCGUCUCAAACACAAGUUCGUGUACGCUUCAUCUGAUGAAGAGGACUCAGCCAUAGACUGGGCAGACAAAGGAAAACCAGACUCAACAAUAGAGCUCUCUAAAAAAGAAGUGAGCCGACAAGUAACCAGCGAGCAUGGACCGACAGAAGCUGACUUUUACCCACCCAAACCAAGUCCUAGACCUACCAAACAUGAUAUCCCAGAUGAAUCACCCGAUCUACAGACAUCAAAUGAAGACUUACAAGAUUACUCUGUUCGAAAGAAAUUUUGGGAACAAAUGUCAUCAAGUUCUCAAGAAACCCAACGUUCCCAAGAUCUUGUUACACCGCCCGUUCCUAGGCCAAGAUCCAGUAUUGUAUCUUCUGUACCUUUGCUCAAAUCCGAAGCAGAAUCGGAUACAGAAACUACUGCUACAACCUUAAGUGACUCCACAGUUAGGAUAAAGAAUCUACAACAAGAUGCAGUUAGCAAGCAAUCGUUUACAGGCUCUUCAGACGCUUCCGACAAGGAGGAAGGGUCAGAAACAGAAGCCACUGACAAGAUAAAAGCGCUCUCAAGUGUUCUGACUACAGCCGAGACUGUAGCCUCUGACACGACUGAGGAGCAAAAGGACACAGUCAGUCAACCAACUGUUAUUGAGAGUAGUGACUCAGAAGCUGAAUAUAUUGCAAAGAUUGGUGAAGAAACUCUAGCAUAUGAGAACACAGCUUUUGUUCCUGAUGAAGAAUCUGAUUCAACUAAUGAAAAAUCUAUUUUAAAACAGGAAGUAACUGAAACGGUUGUAGAAGAUACAACAACCAUUAUCCCUAUUGCAGCUACAAGGAAAGCUUAUUACGAAAGAUCUGUUUCAUUACCAACUGAGGAUAUCAGUGACAUUUCAGAAAGUAGUGUCAGAGCUAGAAAGCGUUUCUUUGAAGCUCAAAUAAAGAAAGAAAUGGUUGUUGACCAAUUGAUGACACAACUAGAAGAAGAAGCGUCUCCAGAACACAAAUCUUUUCACCAUAAAACUUCUGAUAUUCCCACAUCUGACACUCAAGCCAUGGUAAGCCGACAAAUUCACAGUCACAUUUUCAGCCACGAAUUAGAAGAACAAAUAGAAUCUUUGGUUCCAGAAAAUAAACAUAUUGGGCAACAAAAGGUGGAAACAGAAACUAUAGAACCUGUUACAGUUAAGGAAAUUGCAAGCACGUUUGAUAAAGUAGAUGCUCAAAAGUUUGUGAAAAGAACAGAUUCAGUCUCUUACGAGGCAGAAAUUGUUCAAGUCAAAGACAUUGAUAAUUUAAGUUCCAAAAAGAUAAUUGAUGAUCUAGAAAAUGUUUCAAGGUUAGCAAAAAAGUCAUCUAUUACAGAUAUAAAAGAAUCUUUUAAUAGUAUUAAAGAAAUAAAAAUUCUUAAUUUGGAGGACCUUGAUGUUUCAGAUCACCAUCAAAUUAGUGACGAGGUUGCAGAAGUAAUUAAAUUCAGAUCUGAUAGUAUAUCAAAACCAUCUGAUUCACUUGAGGUUCAUAUUGACAAAAGCGAAAUUGAGGAAAGUGAGAAAGAAAUGGAAAUUGAUGAAGAACUAAAGCAGCUAGAAGCAGGCUUAUUAGAUAAUAGGAAUAUAAUUUACAAUGAAAUCUAUGAAGAAAAAGUACCAGAAAUAACGGUAACUUAUUCAGGUAAGCAAAGACCGGACAGUUACAGUCAGGGAGAGAGUGAGGACACUCAGUCUGAAUCAGAUAUAACUCCUGAAGACUUAAGAGACAAAGAAGCACUUACCAAACUUCAAGAUUGGGAACAAGACAUAAUUGUACAUUCCAUGGACGAUAUGCCAGGUAAAAAAUUUGAAACAGAUACAUCUCCAGUAUCCAAAUCUCCUCGUGUUUAUACACCUGAAGAACACAUACCUGAUACUGUGUGGGAAGUCACAAUUCUGCAAGAACCUGAAACAAGUGAACAAGAAACUGUUGAAGAUAUACCAAUUGAAAAGCAACCAAUUGUGGAAAAAGAUGAGGAAGAAUCCCAACGGUCCUUGACAGAGAGUUGUGAAAUCAAAUCAGAUAUAACACAGUCACAAGAUUUAGGAGUAGACCAACAUGAUACUGAAUUAUCUUUAACAGAGAGUGCCCUAGAGAUUAAAGGUCUUCGUGUUGGUGAACAACCAAAAGAAUGUAAACUUACAGAAGAAGAAGCCAGAGAAAUCGCUAAGGAAAUUGUUAGUAAUAUUGAAAUGGAAAUAGCAAAACGGCCUGAUUUAGUAUCUGAAAUAUACGAUGAAAGUUCUAUCCCGGUUACAGCAGUCCAUUUGGCAGACAAUCAAAUUUCUGAUUAUAUAAAAAAAAUAACAGGUAAAGGAGAUCUAGAAGUUAAAUUGAUUGAGUCAGUACUUGCCAAAAAGCAAAGGGAACAAAUAGUAAAACUCUCACGAACAGACACAACAACAUCGAGUAUGGAAAUAACUGAUGAAGACCUUCGUAGUAGUGGUGUAGAAACAGAUAAUUCACCCUUAGAAAGCCAAGGAUCUAGGAUGUGCCCUGUAGAAGACAAGAGUGAAGAUGAUACGACAGAAGAUUUCUUAAAACAUGAAAAAGAUUUAGAGGAUGAUUUAGAGAAGAUCAAAGAUAAGGAAGUGGUAGAGAAAACACUUGCAGAGGUUAAGGAAUCACUUGAGGCGGCUCAAGAUGAGUUACUAGAAGAACAUAAAAAGAAGAAGGAAGUUCAAAAACAAUCACCAUCAGAAUUUGAAUUUAAAGUUUUGGCCCUUGAGAAGUAUGCUGAUGAAUAUAUCCAAGAAUGCCAUAUCGAGGAAAUAGGAACAUCCGUUAGUAUUAAAACCACUGUUGAUGAUAAGCCAUUGACUGCUUCAUUAGAUGCUACAAUCAAAGAUAAGGAAGAACACAGAGAUGAACUGCAUACAUUCACCUCAGAUGAAAUAGGUUAUGUUAAAGAUGACAAUAAGGAGAUUGUUGUAGACAACAAACAAAUCGGUUAUGAAAAAGUUCAAUCAUCGCAAAAGGAUAUUGAAGUAAAUGAAAACAUAACAAUAACAACUGAUAAAAGUGAAAUAAAUCGUUCUCAAAGAGGGUCUGCUUCAUUUUCAGAUGAAGAGGAAAAAAGUUCUCAUUCAAAACUAUCACAAGACAUUAUUAUAACAUCAGAUAGCAUUAUGUCAAAAACUCUCUUGGAGGAUGAGGAAAAAGAUGUAACUAAAACUGAAGAAUCCUACAUCUUUGGUGAAAAAACUAAAGAAGUAAAAGAUGGACAGCAAGUAUUUAAGGAAAUACACAAAAAAGAGGAUAAAGCUUUUGAAAAAUUAGACGAAAGUUCAGUAUUGCAAGAAGGUACAGCCCACAUUACUGAUGAUGGAAACAUAAUAACAGAGACUUACAUAACAAAGAGUCAAGUGUUAACUACCUCAUCUACUAAAUCAAGUGAGGAAUCCCAUUCAGAAUCAAAAAUUCAAACCAGCACUCAUUUCGAUAUAGGAUCUGAUGAAAUAAACCAGUUUCUUUCACAAGAAAUUGCAACUGAAUUGGAAAAUGGUGAAUCAGUAGUUUUUAACAUUGUCAAAAAAGAAGAGAUUAAACGAACAUUCAGUGAAGAAUCUCAAAAGUCUUCACAAGAUGAAAGCAUUAAGUCUCCAGCAGGAAUGGAUGAUGGCAUAUCAUCUUCAUCAUCAUCAGGUAGAAAGGGAGAUUCAGAUACUAUGCAUACCUUAGAAAGGCCAGAUGUAGUAAUGCGCAAACAUAAGAGUGGAUCAUCAAGUAGUCAGAAAAAAAGUGAACGCCGUUCUGGGGCAGACUAUGAACCCUAUUCCAGUUCAGGCGAGAGCUACUACCACUCUUUCGAACAAACUUCUGAAAGUGUUAGGACUCCUAGCAGGCCUUGUUCUUCAGAUGUAGACGCAUUGCUUGCUGGUGUUGGAACUACUGGUUCAUCAGAAUAUGAAUCUGCUAUAUCACACGAAGUAUCUGGUCGAUCCUACACUUCUCAUGAAUAUCACACUGCAGUAAGUUCAUUAAGCUCUCGAGAGUCAAUGAAAUCUUUAGAUUCCGAAAGUUCUGGUAAUCUUGCUAGUGUUGAAAUUUCAAGUGAAGCUUCAGAAACAUUAGUUCCAUCUGCUAUGGAAUUAGAGAGUGAUAUGGAUGGUGUAGGAAUUUCAAUGACAGAAGAUGAAAAUAUAAUGAAGCGCAAAUUAAUUCUUGAACCUUAUGAACGAGAAAUACCUCAUCAUGUAAUUAAAGGAGAGUCUCCUCCUAGAAUACCUUCAUUGUCUGAAGUAAGAGAGUAUGACCGGUCAAUAAGCUUAGACAUCUCCAGCGAAGGUGGCAUAUCUGAAGAGGAUGCUGAAGCACAGCCGAAUGUAUUUAAAGAGGGUGAAACUAUAGAUAGUUCCUUUCGGAUGAAACGAUCACACGAAAUGACCUUUCAGCCUGAACCAAGACCAAUAACAAGUGAAAGUCUUGAGUCUGAAGUAUUAACCCAGGAGGAGAAAUAUGGAUCCAGUCUUGAUGACAGUGCCAGUGCGCUUAGUACAUCGAGCAAAUCUGAUACUUUAACUAAGAUGACAGUUAUUGAGAGAUCACAUACAGAGUCAGAAAAAAUGGAUGGUUCUGCCACUUCAGAUCAAUUAAGUUUGACAGUUUCUGGAACUUCAGAGCAGCUGAGUUUGUCUUCCGAGUCUCGUGAAGAAUAUAGUGUUCAUCAUGCUUUCAAACAUGAGACGGUUGCAACACAAUCAAUAAGUCAUGACAAACAGGUUGAUUCUGUCCUUUUAAUGACGUCUAGUGUAAAUAAUGAUGGAAUGCAGAGUGUUUGUACUCAAGUAACAUCACAGUCUGAAGCGUCUCCCAUCAAUUAUGACGAUGUUAUUGAAGCAGGGUACACUUGCAGUAAUGGCCCAACACAAGUUGAUUAUAAUGCUGAAUAUGAUGAUAUCCGAGAAACUAGAAAACGACCAGGUCAUCGUCGAAAUGAAAGUACAUCAUUUAAACCAUCAGCAAUACCUGUAUUGAAGAAAGAAUUUGAUUCUAAAACUUCAAUGAAAAAAACAGUGGUUGAAAUCAGCGAAGAUGUUGCUGAAAGUGACAAAUAUUCUGAACAUAGGACAUUAACUUCCAAAGAAGAUCUAAAUGAUGAGAAAAAAGACAUAGAUGAAGCAGAAAGAAUUGAAGAAGAGUCAUACCAAACAGAAGCUGAUCAAGGAUUUCAUCGAGACAUCAGGGAGGGUAGGCAAGCAAUGGAAGAAAUGUCCAGUCUAGAAGAGGAGCAUGAAGAACUUCGAGCUUUAGAAGAAAGCCGACCUCAAUCUCAGAUUAGUAAAUCUGAUUCAGAAAGUGGCCAGCGCCCAAUGUCAUCUGGGUUUUCAGAUGACAGGCCUGAUUCAGAAUUAGCUGAGCUAUUAAAACAAUGUUCUUCAGACAUAUAUUCAGAAGACCCUAUUGAAAGGCCAAAAACCCCUGAACCUUCAGAAGACUGUGAAAUUAAAGAUGAUACUCCUGAAUUUUCUUCUGAAGCACAAGCUAGUGUAACAGAACUAGAAAUGGAAUAUUCCGGAGCAUUCAGUCGUGCUGUAGAAUAUGAAUCACAUGUUAGUCCAAUCCGAGAAAAAGUCGGACUACUUUGGGAACAUGUCACGUCAGAUCAUGAAGAAGAACUAGCUGAAGCAGAGGCUGCAUUUCAAAUGGUUCCUCAUAUAAUACCUCACAUAAUUUCAGGUGUUAUUCAUCCUGACACUAUACUUGAAGAUCCGGUAGCAGAAAAACAUGAACUAGAAACUCGAGAAAUUGCUCUAAAAGAAGAAAUUAGAAAAAGAGCUGCACAAAUGGAGGCUACAUCUCCUGGAUCUAUUCCCGAUAUCACAAUAACUCAGCACAUGACACCAUUAAUUGACCGUGGAUUCCAUUAUCCAGACUUGGAGUUGGAAGAAGCUUCUGGUAAACACUCUACUCCUCAAACACCAGCAUCAGUUUCUAGUAGAGCUUCUUCAGAAACUGAAACUGAUCAAGGCAGAGAGUACGUUUUAGAAGAAGAACCCAUUGAUGACUACAUAUCUGAAGAACCUGACAUUGGUGAAGUAUCUGUAACUACUGAAGAGAAAACUGUUUUUGAAUCUAAAGAUGAUUUUCAGGAAAGAGAUUCUACAGAUUCACCAACAAGUGAUUCGUUUGAAAUGCUUGAGAAACCUGAUAUAGCUGAUGAGUUUGUUAUUAUUGAAGAAGUUGGUAAAGAAGCACAUGAGCAGGACAGGGAGGGCAAGAGUAUGGUUAUCGGUAAAAAACGUGUUGUUAAGAAAGUUGACGAUACGGAUGAAGAAAUUGUUGUGUCUCCUCCAGCGCCAGUCACCAGAAUGACGGAUCUUAAAUAUUAUCCUUCAGGAGAAGCUGCUUUUCCUUUUGAAUCUGAUAGUCCACCAACAAAUUUAGAAGGGGUCCAAUCUGGAGAAGUUACAUCCCAAGAGGGAUCACCCCCUUCAGAUAUAGAACAUGAGUAUGAGAGUGAAGUUGAGGCUGGUAAAAAGUGGAUUGAAAUGCAAUUUCAAGGUGACCAGGCUACUGCAGUUUAUGGUUAUGAACUAGAUUAUGAACGUGGGCCUCUUGAAGAUAUCAAAGAAGAAGAUGCCACUGACUUGGAGAAUAAUAGUAGUAGAAUUGGAAGUCUUGGGAGUCAAGUCAGUCACUCUGUGGGAAGUUUUGGAAGUAUGAAAGAAUCGUUCAGCAGCACACCAGAUUAUGAUGUAUUAGCUGGUAGAAAAUUUUUUACAAGAUCAGGGGAUCAUGAUGAUGUAUCUAUGAGCUCCUUGCAAGAAUUUGAACGGCUUGAAAAUCUUAUAGCAAUGGAAAUAAAUAGAAACAGGUCAUCAGGAUCCCAGGAUUCUCUAAAUAGCUCAGGAAAUAGCAAGCGUCAUACAGGAAGUGGGAAGAGUGGCGGAGAUGAUAUUUCACUUGCAUCAUUGAAAGAAUUUGAAGGUCUUGAACAUGCAUGUAUGGAGGCUGCUAAAAUUGAAUUGAAAGCAAAGGAGGAAGAAGCAAUGCUAUCUGAAAUAGAAGAGGGUCAUGAAAGUCAGGCUUCAGAAUCUGAGAGCUGUGAAACUAUUUCUGCUGGUGGAAUUAUUGGAGGUGAGUCAGAUGAAGAAGACUAUGAAAAGAGAAUGUUUGAAAUUGAUGAAAUAAUUAGACAAGCCCAAACAAAUGUAGAACGUUUUAUUGACAUCAAAGAUAAAGACACGUAUAAUGAAAGCAGUGUCAUUGACAAGACUGAAUCAAUGGGUCGAGGUGACUCUAUUGAAGAAGUAGCCAAAAUCCCUGACUUAGAUUUAGAUCAACCAUUAUAUUCCUUGGCAGCAACAUCUGUUACUUCUUAUGCUGGUAAAAGUGCAAUCCAACACUGGAAAGAUGUAGAUGAUGAUGUAAGAACAAGUACCGAUUCUUUAGAAAUAAAGUAUAGUACUAGCUCCAAAAUUGCCUGUCAUGAAAAUGUUACUGCAAGCACAGAUUCACUAGAAAUUAAACAUGCUAGUGAAAAAGAUUUAAUGUCUGCAAGUACAGACUCUCUUGAAUUCCAAGCUCAACAGAAGAAAGCCAAAUCUAAGGAUAUAAUGACAGAUUCAAUUGAAAUUAUUGGAGAUAAAACAUCAAUGCUAACAUCAACAGACUCUCUUGAAACUGAUCCCCCUAAGUUAUUUUCAGAUUCUAUUGAUGAGGAAGAUGAAGACAAAGCAACUGUCCCACAAGAUCAAAGCAGUUCAAGUGGAAGAGGAGACCUGAGUUCUUCUGGCCGAGAAGAUAGUUGUGAAUAUAAUAGAAUGCCACCACCUCGAGCAGAACUUCAGUUAGGUAGUACAGACUCAUUAGAACCAACUAGUUCAACAGCAACCCAUGCAACUUACCAUUAUGAAACAGACUCCAUAAUGUCAUCUAGUUUUACUAGUGGAGGGUCCAACACAAUGAUGUCAAGCACUGAAACAUUGGACAUUGGUGCACGAGCUGCUGUUUGGUUUGAUGACGGAAAACCAUAUGUCACAGAAGUUAUUGAACCUGAUACUGAGGGGGAUGGAUUCACACAUACCAUUCAUCGAACAGUAGAAAUGCCUCCUGAAAUUCACAACAUAACUUUCAGAGGUCCUGAUGCUGAUAAAGCACUUAAAGAAUACAUUGAAAGAUUUGCUCCUGGUGAAGACAUGAUUGAAACGCAAGAAGUAGAUAAAGCUGGAAAUGUACACACUACUAGAGUUAUUCAACGAAGAGUAAUAAUGCGACCAGAUGAGAUUGGAGGACCAACAACCAGACUUUCUGAAACUGAAUUGGAUGAAUAUUUAAAACGGUUUUCUGAAGAACAAGAACAAAUGGGUGAUUCACAGCCAGAAUCACACUGUUCUUCCUCUCCUUCUCAUUCCUCUGAAAUCCACCAAACCACUGUCACUCGUCAAGUUAUAUCCUCCACUCCUAAGCAACAGCUUACCCAAGUAAAAGGAGAGUCAGCGGGGGAAGAAACCAGCAAGAGUCCAGCACCAACAUCUGUUCGAGGAGUCAGGCCUCCGCUCAAGUAUGACAUAAGCAUGGACGAGGAACCAGAGUUUGACCCGAGGGAACACGACUGGCGGUUCAACCUCCCGUCACACCCCGAAAGUGAAGAAGCGCUGUUGGACAUGGCCACAGGACUCCAUGAUGCUAAAGGAAGCAGCUCGGACUCAGGGCCUUCAAGUGCCAAGUAGACGUGCUCCGACAUGCCUCUCAGCUGACACUCCUUACUCCUGUCAAUGUUACCAACUGCACUUGGCAUGUUCAUUCACCCUAUUUACUUUGUUGUAAUAUUUUACUUGAUUGUAUGUACAGUUAAACUUUAUUUUAGCUUGAUAGAGCAAAGCAUUGUUUAUUGAUUUGAUAUUUGUGCUAUUGUAAGUGCAAAUAUGAAGCUGAUUUUUGUGACGAGUUUUGUCAAACGAAACUCACUAGUCAUAUAAUGUAAGCUUAUUUCAUAAUAUACGUUUAUAUUUAAGAUAACCCCAUUCGGGAGAAUUGAGUAGUUUUUUUUUUUUAUUCAAACAACAGCUGUAACUUCAAAAUGUUAACCAGGCAUAAACACUACUAGCAGACAUUACCACCCGUCUUACAAGAAACAGAUUUUACAUGUACAAAGUGGUUCUGUCUCAUAUGGUAGUUCAUAUGGGGCAGAACUAAAAUGAACUUAAAGAUUAUGACUGAGUGACUUUGUUCAGUUCAUUUGUCAUAUUUUACAUUAAUUGUAGCUUCUUCAAGUAAGUAGUAAAAAAAUAAAUAUUGAAUAUUUUCUAAAUGUUUUAAUAUUCUAAAGAGAAUAAACAGAGCUGAACAAGUCACAUUGUAGUGAAUUCUACAAAUAUACAUCUCUACAAAUAGCAAACCAAAUACCAUCAAAGUUUAACUGUAGUCAAUGUAAGACAUAUUUAUACUACAACUAUGCUAAUUCAAAGCUUUGCCCAGAACAGCUACAAUACUAUUCCAAUGAACUGACACAACAAAUAUUGGGGGAAACAUGUAAAUAAAUAACAAAUCCCACAAUAAUUGACAGAGAGGCACCAAACACAUGAUAUAGCAUGCAAUGCAUCAUAACGCAGUAGACAGACUGUUAUUUUCAAAUAAAUAAUAUAACUUUUAUAGUAAUAGAAAAAUAUUUAAACUGUAAAAAAAUAUUAUAUAUAGUAUUUUUGUUAUUUUGUGCUAGUUAUUAUUUUUUAUAAUUGUUCAUAGUUUAGGUUACAAUUUGUUACUAUUAAUUUUUUAAUCUUUGAUUGUUAGUCUAACAUAGCUGUCACUUGUAAGAUAAUAACGAAUUUAUUGUUAAAUACACUUAUGCCAUUAAUGUCACGAUAAUGAAUUAUCUCAUCUUUAUAAACUGUUAAUCACGCAUCUAAUCGUUAUGUGAACAUGUUUUUACAAUGGCCGUGCAUUGAAUGUGGGUGGCUUAAUAAUGUAUAGUUUUAAGAGUUUUAAAAAUGUAUGAAAUUGUAUAAAUGACCACUGAGGGGGGUAUGGAUUGCGCUAACCUAACUUGUAGCUUUCCAAGCGGGCUCCAGCCAUUUUAUAAUCUGCCACUCAAUUAAUGUCUUGUCCAGUUUAUUUUAUUGCUCAUUGUUUCAAUAUUACUGUAAUGAAAUAAAAGGUAGCAUUAUUUUUCGAAAUGUUUAAUAAGACUAUUUUGCUUUGAUUUGAUCUUGUACUGUAAUCAUUGUUUGUAAUUCUGAAAAGAGCAUUAAAUAAAAACAGAUCAUUAUUAAA